ACGCAUGCAAAAUAAUCUCGAUUUAGAUUCCGCUUUUUGCGUUCCGACAUCUGUUCAGUUGUUCUCGGAAGUUGCAUUCCCGCACCUCCGGUAGAAUCCCAUGGACCCGGCGUUGACCCUCGGAUUCCGGUCGCCGGAGCUGUCCCUGUUCCGCCUGAGAAGCGACCCUCCUCCUCCUCCUCCUCCUCUCGGCGACCCCCGGAGAGCUCUUUCCCGACGGGCGGUGCGGGCGAGAGUGAACCUGAGCUCCGCAUCGCCGCCGCCGCCGCAGCCGCCGCCGCCGUCGCCCAGGACUCGCUUGACCGUCGCGGCCAAGAAAAAGCCGCCGAUCGAUGGGCUCAGCGACGAGAUGAACGCGAUCGCGUCGCAGAGGCUGGACUUCGCGCCUGCUCGGAGGAGGGUCCGAGCUGCGUUCGCCGAGGUCCAGCGACAGCUCGAUCAUUGCUUGUUCAAGGCUCCUGCUGGGAUCAGAACAGAGGAGUGGUAUGAGACGAAUUCAAACGGUCUGCAAAUUUUCUGUAAGAGCUGGUUACCUAAAGUGGGUAUGCGAAUUAAAGGCGCAGUGUGUUUUUGCCACGGCUAUGGUGAUACUUGCACUUUCUUCUUUGAAGGUAUCGCCAGGCACUUUGCUUCAAAAGGAUAUGCUGUUUAUGCUUUGGACCACCCAGGUUUCGGCCUUUCAGAUGGAUUGCAUGGUUACAUCUCAAACUUCGAUGAAUUAGUCGACAAUGUCAUUGAACAGUACACGAAAAUCAAAGAGAGACCUGAAGUGAGAGGGUUGCCUCGCUUUAUAUUGGGACAGUCCAUGGGUGGAGCUGUUACUCUCAAGGUUCAUCUAAAACAGCCUGAUGCAUGGGAUGGAGUCGUCCUUGUUGCCCCGAUGUGUAAAAUUUCAGAUGCUGUUAGACCACCCGAAGCAGUUGUAAAAGUCUUGACAUUCAUGUCUAGCGUUCUGCCAAAAGCAAAGCUCUUCCCGCAGAAGGAUCUUGCUGAGCUGGCUUUCAGAGAAUCAAAGAAAAGGAAAAUGGCUGUCUACAAUGUGAUUUGCUAUAAUGACCAAAUGCGACUGCAGACUGCCUCAGAACUUCUUAGGGCAACUGAUGAUAUUGAGUCACAAGUAGAGAAGGUUUCAUCUCCAUUGCUGAUUCUUCAUGGAGCAGGUGAUAAGGUGACAGAUCCUUCAGUGAGUAAGUUUCUCUACGAAAAGGCCUCUAGCAAGGAUAAAACCUUAAAGCUUUAUGAAGGAGGGUAUCACUGCAUUCUUGAAGGCGAAUCUGAUGUAAAGAUAUUUAUGGCCCUUGAUGAUAUUGUUUCGUGGCUGGAUUCUCGGUGUUCCCUCAAGUAGAACACCCAUUCUUUUGGCCCUGAAAGCAAAUUCAUUCAAGAUCAUCAUUGUUAAGUUGCACAUUAGGCAACUCAAACAUCAUUCACUGAUACGAUUAAAGAAUGGGGUGCUGUUCCUGAUUAUGUUGCUGUUCAGUGCCCCUGCCUAGUCUUCAUUAUGGACUCCUCUGCUUAAUUGGGUAAAAGUUCAUUCUUUCGUUUGCCCCUUUUCUUUUUCAGCGUUUAUUACAGAGAUCACCUCUGAAUUUGAGACCAUUUCUAGAAAGUCAUUAAACUUUUCUUUGCCUUUUCAUUUGUAAUUGUUACUUUUGGAGGCGGAAGAUGUAUUUGGGCUCGACUUGGAAAGAUGAAAAAAUUUCUCUAUUGACAUUUUAACUUUACCGCAAGCA